UACUCCGCCACCCCACUCGAAACAAAGUUUACAGGAAACCACAGCAUCACGACUAGAAUCAGGGACUUUCCCUCGUACCCUGCACGUCUGCACACGAAUACCCUAUACCGUUACCCCCCUCCCCAGCACCGCUUGCAACACAACAAACAACAUACACGUUGGAAUCCUCUUUUCCCGGAACGAACGAACGAACCAACGAACAAAAGAUACUCGGGGCGCAAGCCAGGACGCAAAACACCAAGAACAAGAACAAGUUGCCACGACCAACUACCACAGCCGCCUCCUCCUCCUCCCCACAACCACAAUGUCCGCCUACGAGCGCGAACAGCAAAACGACUCUCGCCUCGAAGAUCUCGCGUCCAAAGUCUCAGCCCUACGCGGCGUAACCAUCGACAUUUACGACAGCGCGCGAGACCAGCAUGUGAUUGAUAGUACUAGCGACACCUUCUCCUCAUUCGCGACAUCGCUCAAAGGCUCCGCGACACGCCUCACGCGCAUGGCGUCGUCGGGCAAUAAAGUCGCCAUUUUCAAGCUGAGCGGCAUGAUUAUCGCCGGUGUCGUGCUGUUGUAUUGGGUGUGGCAUUUGUUUUUCUGAAGAGCGAGGUGGAGAGAAAGGGGGAUAUGGUGUGUGUGUGUGUGUGUUUUGGGUCUGUUGGCUGAGGAUGGGGGUUGAAGGGAGAAUAGGGGAUAGCGCAGGAUAGGGGGAGGAGACAUGCAGGGAAGGAGAGUCCCGAAUGGACAGUCGUGAAGAAGAGGAUGCCCUUGGAGGCGGGUCGGAUACAAGAGAAGAAGAGGACGGGAGAAGGAAAAUAACGGCGUGACAUACAUCAGGGAUGAGGAAUGGCUGAGCGGCAAGGGAUGGGCUCGAGAAGGAAUCGUCAAAGAUGAUCCAGUGUAUAUUGGUGGUCCUGCGACAGGCGACACGCCCGAUUAGUCGAAGUUGCAUAUAGGGCGUUCACGGACUU